AUGGAGAACGAAUCGCCGAACGUGCCGAAUCGCCGGAACUAUAUAAAAUUGAAUGUUGAGAAAAGCCUUCGGCUAACUGCCGAGGUGGAACGACGGCCUGCUUUAUGGCAAAAGCGGUCGGAGUUCUACAAAAACGGUAUUCGGCGAAGGGAUGCGUGGACCGAGAUUGGUGGACUCUUGGACCUCACCGUCGAAGAGGCGAGCUACCAGUGGAGGAAGCUGCUGACCAGCUACAGGACUUAUAAGUCCAAGCUGCGUAAAAGUCAGCAAAGCGGAGCAGCGGCUGAGGACGUCUUCCACCCAAGAUGGUUCGCCUUCGACGCGAUGAGGUUCCUCGAUGAUACCAUGAAGGACGGCACGCAUCUCGAUACGGUAAGUUGUUUUGUUAUUUAUCUGUAA